GCAGGAUACUGAGGAUAUAUUGGUAUCAACAUAUUUUUUUAUCUCUUCAUAUACAAUAGCGAAGAUCAGAAUAAAUAAAACAACGAAAAGGGAAUUAACUGCAAAGUGAAAAACUUAUAAAGUUUUAUCAAAUCAUGAACACAAAUUUGGAAGAGAAGUUCUUCGAUGAUAUUCUCCCUGAAGAUUUCGUUCAAUUGUGUUCUAAUAUCGACUAUGACGUGUUCGAUUUAAGCGAUUGUGACGUAGAAUAUGAUGACGUAUUGUUACGUUGUGAGGAAUCUAUUGUUGAUGGAAGGUCUUGCACAAAUUGUGACGUCAAAGAUAGAACCAAACUCGAAACACGCGACGAAACUGAAAAAAUUAUAGAACCAAGUAACCGAAAACGCGCGCGACGUGACAUCGGGAAAAUGAGCACAAAACGGCGAAGAUUGGAAGCCUCGGAACCCGGCAGGAAUGCAGCAAAUUUCCGGGAGCGAUCAAGGAUGCGAGUUCUAAGCAGAGCGUUUGAAACACUCAAGCAAAGUCUACCAUGGGUGCCUAGCGACACGAGGCUGUCAAAACUUGACACUUUAAAGUUGGCUUGCUUUUAUAUAAACCACCUCAGUAUCACUGUGCAACGAAACUGUCAUAGUCUAUCAGAAAGUUCUGGUUGUAGAGCAAGCUACAUCUAUUAG